AUGAGCGCGCAAUUCAUCGAUGCGUUGAUGCAGCUAGUCGAUCGGGUAGACUAUGGCCCUCGGACGUACGACCUGCAGAAGAUCAAGGCCCGCAUACCGUACAGCAAGGACCGAUACGUGCUGGGCGCGUUCUCAUGGGCGCGUGUAAUGAAUUACGAGGCACCAGCACUGGUGUUUGUUGGCUCGUGUGAUUUGGUGGCAGGGCUCCCCAUACACGUCGACCACGGGCGUGUGAUUUCGUACCUGCCCCCGUGCGCGAAGACGGCCUUCAAGAUUUGGGUGGUAUUUUCUCCGGCUUCUAAGACGACCACAUCCUUCAACUACGGGAACAAGGAGGACUCCUUGAAUAGGAUGCUACGUACGCCUGGAAGCUCCGUGCUUAUCCAACGACCCGGCGAUGUCGUGUGCUUGAAUAACCUGGUGUUUCACUCGGUACUUCUCGUCUACCAGAAGGGCACUGCUGAAGAAGACAAAUGGGGCGGUAUUUUUGGCGAGGUUGUGGUUUGUGAAGUGGACCGCGUUGCGUCGUUUCGAUAUGCAACCAAGCUAGCAUCAGGUAGCAAAAAGGAUUCUGUUGGAUCGUGGGAGUCUCUGCUAACAGCGUACUAUACGAUGGAGGGACGUGUGUGUGACCAGGCAAACUUCGAGCGUGAGAAGAAGCUUUUCUACAAAAAGUUGAAGCUACCAGCAAAGUUGGAGAAAGCUCGUCUAGGUGCGAACGCGAAGAAAAAAAAGAAGCGGAAACUUAAUGAGAAGCUAGCUGCCGUACGGGCUGCAAGCACCAAAAGUGACUGCAGUACACUUUGCUCCUAA